AUGCACAUUCUUCAUCAAUGCGGCAGUAUGGCGCCAUUGGACUUGGACGCUACAGCGACGAAGAGAAGCGUAUUCGACGAUGUGGAUCUCGCCAAACACUACGAACCAGGAGCUGAUUGGGAGAAUGUACAUCGCUACGAUCCUGCUGAGAGAUGGACAUAUCGCGAGGAGAUGACUCUUCGUCGGAAGACUGAUUUCAGAAUCCUUGCCUGGGUACUGGUCAUGUUCUUUGCCCUCAACAUCGAUCGCGGCAAUCUGUCGCUCGCGAUUGCUGGAGGUCUGCUGGACGACUUGAAGCUCUCCACGAAUGACUACAACAAUGCGCAAAAUUUCUAUCGUGUCGGCUUCAUCAUCGCAGAGAUACCCUCACAGCUCAUUGGCAAGAAGUUGGGCCCGGAUCGCUGGAUUCCCGUCCAAAUUGUCCUCUGGUCAAUUGCGGCCGCGGGACAAUUCUUCAUGCAGUCGCGGACCGUGUUCUUCACUACACGAUUCCUCGACAGUAUCUUGUACUUGUCAUACUUUUACACCAGCACCGAAAUGCCCAUCCGCCUCGCGCUUUUCUGGGUGACCGAUUAUCUCUCGGGUGUGGUGGCAUCCUUGAUCGCUUACGGCGUACUACAUAUGCACGGAGUCGCUGGUCGAGAGGGCUGGAGAUGGCUGUUCAUGAUCGAAGCUCUGAUCAGUUUUGCCAUCGGACUGCUGAGUUUCCUCUUCCUUGUUCCUGGCGCCACUCAGACGAAGACCUGGUUUGCGCCACUGGGCUACUUCACCGAACGGGAGGAGAAGAUCAUCGUCAACAAGAUCCUCCGCGACGAUCCAUCCAAAUCCGGAAUGCACAAUCGGGAAGCCAUCACGCUCAAGAUGAUCUGGCGGAGUUUGACCGACUACGACAUGUGGCCUAUAUAUGCCAUCGGAAUACUGUUUGAGAUUCCGUCCAGCCCACCAAAGGCAUACAUCAGUCUGGCUUUGAAGCACCUCCACUUCAGUUCCUUCAACAUCACCCUGCUACACAUUCCGAUUACUGUGCUCACCGCCAUCAACCUCUUCUGGAUUACUGCCGUCUGCAUGCGAUUCGGACAAGUGGCACUCUUCGGCGUCCUAACCCAACUAUGGGCCCUCCCAUUGCUUGUCAUCAGCUUGACUGUAAUGUCCGACUUCUCGCCGUGGGCACAGUAUGUCGUAAGCAUGUUGCUCAUCGCUCAACCGUCGAUGCAAGCCGCUCAAGUAGGCUGGUGCAGUCGAAACAGCAAUACCGUGCGCACCCGCGCAAUCAGCGCGGCCAUUUACAACAUCAUGAUCCAACUAUCUGGCAUCGCUUCGUCCAACAUCUAUCGAGAGGACGACAAACCAUUGUAUCAUCGAGGAAACAAGCAGUUGAUAGCGAUCAACAUCGGAUGCAUGGCGGCAAAUGCGCUCGCGAAGGUGUACUACGAUUGGCGCAACAGGUCGAACAAAAGCAAGUGGAAUGGCAUGACAAAGGAGCAGCAGGAGAUUUACCUGAACACGACGCAGGACAAGGGAAACAAGCGCCUGGAUUUUGUGUUCCAGACGUAG